CGGUCGACGAGCAAAUCGGCAGCCAUCUUGAAUGAAAUUUCAUGAUGGCAUGAAGUGUCUUUCUAUUUUCUAAAUAAAAAGUGAAUGAAAUUAAAAUAAACGAGUUACAAUUAAAACGAAUUAUUAAAAUUCCAUAUUUAUGAAUAUACAUUUUUAGUUUAUUUUUAAUUGGAAAGCACUUUGAAAUUUUAAAAGAUCACCAAUAAAACAAAUCAGCUGUUAUCCGUCAAUCGAUGUCAACAAAAUUACAUAAUUUUGUUUAGAAAAACAGUGCAGUCUCCGUUUUUUUAGUGUCAUUUUGAAAUUGGCAAUAUGUGCAAACAACCAAAAGUUUUAGUGGACAAAUUCGUGUAGUAUAUGUGCGCCCUACGACUUGCAAACAUUUGCGACUUUGUAAUUUUUUGUAUGAUGUAGUCCAACAAAUUAAUUGUUAGUCAUGGAUAAAAACACUAUAAUAGAGUGUGGUGGAUUUUAUUUCAUACACAACUUUGAUUCUGGAAAUCUCGGGCACGUCGAAAGAGUGCCUACGGAGCUAAUUGCCCCAAGUAUAAACUCCAAGAACAAUGCAUCAGAAACACCAGACUAUGAAUUCAACAUGUGGACGCGACCGGACUGUGCAGGCACAGAGUUUGAGAAUGGCAACCGCACUUGGUUCUAUUUUGGAGUGCAAGCAUGCGAGGCAAAUGUUUUGGUACGACUUAAUCUGAUAAAUCUGAACAAACAAGGCAAGAUGUACAACCAGGGCAUGGCGCCGGUAACUCGGACGUUACCUGGUAAACCACAAUGGGAGCGUAUUCGGGAUCGACCUAUUCAUUCGACUGACGAUAACACCUUCACACUGAGCUUCAAAUACCGCACAUCGGAGAACAUGAAAGCCACCACAUUCUUCGCUUUCACGUAUCCAUUCUCGUUUGCGGAGCUCCAAAUAGCCCUUAACUCCAUCGACUUGAAAAUGCUGCCUCUACCUGCGCCGGCCACUCCUGAUGACAUCUACUACUGCAGGGAGUGCCUCGUUUAUUCUCUUGAAGGUAGGCGUGUGGAUCUCCUCACGAUAAGUUCGCAUCAUGGACUCACAACCGAGCGAGAAGAAAGGCUGAAGAACUUGUUUCCCGAUAACCAAGAUAGACCGUUUAAAUUCCAGAACAAAAAGGUGAUUUUCAUAUCAGCUCGGGUGCAUCCCGGAGAGACGCCAUCGAGUUUCGUCUUCAACGGCUUCCUGAACCUUCUCCUCACGAGACACGAUCCAAUCGCGAUCCAACUGCGAAAGCAUUACGUGUUCAAAAUGAUCCCCUUUCUGAACCCGGACGGCGUGGCCCGGGGCCAUUACCGCACCGACACCAGGGGGGUUAACUUGAACCGGGUGUAUCUGAAUCCCUCGUUGAUUCAUCAUCCUACGGUGUAUGCGUCGAGAGCGUUGAUAAGGUACUAUCACUACGGCUGUGAACUAGAGGAUAACUGUGAUGACAGCAAAAGUUUUAUAUCGCGGAGUAUUCAGAACAUCAGUGAGAGCUCAGAGAUUGUAGAGAAGAAGAAGAAAAACCUGAAGAACCAGCGCGACAAGAAGGCGCUGGGCACCAAGUCCACCACCACCAUCAAGCAGCCGUCCACUGAGAACACUAAGAAGGAUGCCAAAUCUAUCGGCGCAGAGACAUCGAAUUUAGCUGAACAGGUUUGCGAAAUGAAGCUCCAAGAGAUGCAAUCGCAAACGAGCAACUCAACCAAAUCCAACUGCAAUGCGGACUCUUCGCUCUUGAACGACUCAGUGCUCCGCACCUGUCUCGGCUCCAACGUCCACAUCAGCACGAGUGAGGAGCUCAACUUGCAAGGCAGCAACCCGUUGAGGCCGCUAAGGGACACGCUGAAGAAUAGCAUCAGUCUUUUGAUGGAGACCAGCUCUUCUAUUGCGGGAGACUCGAUCCAAGAGAAGGAGUCCCGCCUUUCAAACGUGCGCAUGGGCUGGUGUCGCUCGUGUCAGAAAGCGGUCACCAAGCUGGAACACACGAUGCCCGGCAUCACAAGUUUAGUGCCCGGCUACAGCCAGGCUGUGACCCAGAAUCGUGUCGAAUCCCCCUACCAUGCGACCAUAGACGAAUACCGAGAGCAUCAGAAGCAACAGCUGGAUGAACAAGACCGCUUUAUGCAAGAACAUGCGGCAAUGGAGAAAGGCGACAUCGUAUAUUUCUGCACGAACUGCUUCAAGAAAUACUAUCUGAGUGAACAGGAUGAAGAAAUUAAAGUAGCAGAGACGAUAAUAUCGACGACGAGCGUGGCGAUAUCGGCCGCGCCGGAGCCGCCGCCCGCCGACCCGGACUGCACCGGGGAUGCGCAGGCGCAGAUCAGCGUCAGCUCCCGCAAUAUACAGCAACCCGCCAAAGAAGAGAAACCUCACCCGGUGCCUCGCAACAAGAAGAAGCAGUCGUCGCCCCCACCCAUCCGCCGCGAGACCAACCUCAAGGAAUACAAGGAGCCAGAAUCCGGACUCUAUCUGUACAUAGACCUGCAUGGACACGCGUCUAAGAAAGGCAUCUUCAUGUACGGCAACCACUUCGAUGACCUGGAAAGCUCUGUAGAAUGCAUGCUGCUGCCGCGUAUCAUGUCUCUCAACAACCUUCACUUCCACUUCUCUUCCUGCAAUUUCACCGAGCGGAAUAUGUACCUCAAAGACCGACGCGACGGCAUGUCGCGCGAGGGCUCCGGCCGCGUGGCCGUGCUGAAGGCCACGGGGCUGGUGCGCUCGUACACGCUGGAGUGCAACUACAACACGGGCCGCCUCGUCAACGUGCUGCCGCCCUGCGUGCGCGACCUGCCCGCGCCCGCGUGCGCCCAGGGCCAGGUGCCCCCUAAAUACACCCCGCACAUCUUCGAAGAGGUAAAACACAGUCGCUCUAGGAAUUCGGAGAUUUAUGAAGAGAUAAGCCCUAUGGAGGUGGGGCGCUCGCUGGGCGCGUCCAUCCUGGACCUGACCGGGCAGCACCCCAACUCCCGCAUCCCGUGCUCGGAGCACCGCAACCUGUCCUCCGUCCGCGAGUGGCUGCGGUCGCACACGCGGACCCUGCACGCCCAGCUGACGAUAUCUCGUCUGCGGCCGAAGACUGCGUCGCCUACGAGGGUGCCGCUGUACGCUCGCUCCAAAGCUAAGGUGACGGACGAGCGCAAAGAAAACACGUACGCUGGCGCCAAAACUGACGAACGGAAGCGAUCCCCGGGCGCCUUAGCCCAGCGCGCGUCCCAGGACCUCCUCAGCAACAAGUACGGCAGGAAGGCAGAGCCGGUCAACUCCAGCUCCCGCACGAGGUACCUCGCCGAGAACGAGCCCAAACCCAAAACGCUGACCUCCAAGCGGCGCAGCAUCCUCGCCAUCAGGAAGCCCAACAGCAAGACUCAAAUAGGAGUCGUCAAAGCUAAAGUCAUGACCCGCCGCUCCGCCGACGACACGGAGAGCCCCCGCGCCUCGAUAGUGUCCGCCAAAAUCAGCAAGCGCAGCUUCUCGCGCUCCGUGCGCGGAGCCCACAGGUCCAGCAACCGCUGCCGGGCCAUGGCCUCCUCCUCCUCCGACGACAUGAUCGGCGGCAACUGGGAGGACGUGCAGGGCGGCACAGUGCUGGGGUCGCAGGGCGGGGCGCCGCAUCCGGAGUCGCUGGGCGGCAAGCGGCGCCCCUUCCCCAACCCCUCGCCCUCGCAGCUGAAGAAGAUCCGCCUCAAGACGGGCUUGUAGCCCCGCACACACUAAUGACACAUUUUGAUCUGUAACUAUCGAUUCGUUUAUAGUUUUUCGUUUAGGGCGGAGAUACACAAAUAAAACGGGUAAGCAGCUGCAGACGUGCUAUAAUUUUAACAUGCCAACCACUUGCAUGUGUAUCCCGUGAGAAGUGCCCGUAGCUUGUUUGCAUUUGUGCAAGCAACUGGCAUCUGUAUUUCCUCCCUAACUCGAACGAACCGUAAAUUAAUCGAGCAGCAAGACUCAAACACGGUCGAAGGCUUGGGCGAACAAAUCACUCAUGUGACAGAUUGAAAGUCUCGAUUUUAGAACAGGGAAAAGGUCUGUCUGAAAACGCGAAUUUGCUUUUCAAAAAUGCGAUCGGGAAUUUUAUAAUCAAAUUCCAUUUAAUGGAUUAAAUUACAUUAGGGGCGCUUCGGAUGGCGGUCUGCUAAUGCCCUGAUGUUGAAACUAGAUGAUUUUUGAUAGUUCAAUGUGUUCUUCGUAAAUCAUAAAAUGUAGGUGAGGCAAAGAUAUUUAUCUGUUAUAUGACUUCUGUGUCCAGUCCUAUAUUGAGUUGUAACGUUUAUUAUAAUUAUUCAUGUCUUUGCCCCAUCGUCUAUAUUAUUGUCAAAUUUGUUAAGUAUUGUUUACGUCAUAGACAUCGCUCACACCAAAAAAUAACGUUUAUUGAAAAGUGAGUUUUACACCGUCACUUGUAGACAUAUUUCACAUUAACAACAAACGAGCUGUCCAGUAAUUUGUUGUCAAUAUAUAACCUUUACACCUGAAUAUUUCUUGCCAAUGUAAAGUAUGUCUACAGAAAACCGAUUUAAAGAUCACUUUUCAAUGAUUAUUAUUUUGUCAGGUGGUAGCGGUAAUCUGUAAUGAUAAUGACCGUCAAUCCUCGAAAUUUUUAUAUUAUGUUACAGUUGCAAAUUCUGUUCAUUGAACAAUUUGUUACAAAUUAAAUUAUGAGUGCUAAUAUAUUUUAACGUAGGAUUUGUUUUGUUAUUGUGUUUCAGUUUCGGGUGUUGCCAGUUGCAGCACUGCGAAUGUGCUUGCCAUUCGUGAUAAUUAUUUUUCGUAGGUUACAUUUAUUAUACACAUAGUGGCACUGGGCAUAGUUAUACAUAUAGAGUAAUUACGUAUUGGUUUGUUUAUGUCGUUUGCAUUCGUGUGGUUUUCCAGACUGACAAAAAUUAUUGUGUUCGAAAGCAUAAUUUUAUUUACAAAGAGAUGACACCCAUUUUUUACAUUAUAUAUUUUUUAUUUUAAAUUAGAGAAACGUUUUCGUAUAAAAAUAAACAAAAUUGGUAAAAAAGACAAACAUUGAAAAUAUAAAAAUUAUAAAUUGUAAAGUGUAUUCAAUUAGCGUAAGUGCUCCAGGAGCGAAGUUUUAAAAAUGUAUGAUCUCAUUAAUGAAAUUUAACAGAGCCGUUUAAUAACGCUGACAUUAUCAUCUGUAAUCAUUUUCUCUAGUAAAUUUCGACAGUUUUCGGGGAAAAUGGAAUAGAAUUAUAAAAGAAACCUUGUCAAUGUUAUAAAAAUAGCUUUUAUAUUGAUGUUCUCUUAGGUAUAAAUUUCUUCACAAAAAUAGCAUAAGAACUAGUAACUCGAACACUAAACACCCAAAAUAGUGCAAUAAUUUUGUAGUAAUAAUAUCAUAUCGUGUACGUGUUUUAACUGAAUUUUUAUAAAAAAUUUAUGUAAUAUGCAACUUUAUAAUACUUACAUAAUUCAAAAAAAUUUGAAGUUAUUUGUAACAUAAGAAAGUGUUUAUUGUAGUGAAAAAAACUGUAUGUUGUUCGUAAAAUAGUAACUAUUUAUUUAUCAGAAAUGAUAAUAUAUUGAUGAAAAUAAAAACAAACUUAUGUUCUCACAACCA